GAAGGUGGAGGAAGAGGAGAGCGGCUGGCGGUGCCUGCAGGGUGCCAGCUGCAAUCUUUAAACUAGCAAACAUACUCCUUCAGGUUAAACUGUCGGGCCAGUGUCUCUUGCCAGUGUCAUCAAUGUGGCCCUCUGACAAAAAGUUGGCAGAAGGAUGUGAAGCAUGCUGUUGGAGAUCAGCAUGUCAAGUGGCUGAAGCUGAAAGUGCCAACAAUUGUCAAUAAAAUAUGGGGAACACCACAACUAAAUUCCGCAAGGCGCUCAUAAAUGGCGAUGAAUCCUUGGCUUAUCAAUUGUAUGAAAGCAAUCCUCAGUUCAAAGAGUCCUUGGAUCCAAAUACCUCUUAUGGAGAGCCUUAUCAGCAUAACACCCCCCUUCAUUAUGCUGCCAGACAUGCUAUGAGCAAGUUGCUGCGAAUAUUCCUUUAUAACAAAGAUGGGAACCCAAACAAGCGGAAUGUACAUAAUGAGACUGCUUUGCAUUUAUUGUGUAUGGGACCGCAUAUCAUGCUACCUGAAGCAGCCCUGCAGCCCCGCCUUGCACGACCCAAUGAAGAUGAUGGCAAGAGAGCUGAAUGUCUUCAAUUGAUUCUUAAGUGGAAGGGGGCAAGGUUGGAUCAAGGCGAGUUCGAGAAGGCUGAAAGCAAUGCCACUGAUAACAAAAAGUUCACACCUUUGCACUAUGCUGCUGCCUCAGGGAUGAAAACAUGUGUAGAGCUUUUAGUUAAGUAUGAUGCAGACCUGUUUGCAGAAAACGAAAACCGAGAUACUCCCUGCGACUGUGCAGAGAAACAGCAUCACAAGGAUCUUGCUCUCAAUCUUGAGUCACGGAUGGUAUUUUCGCGAGAUCCGGAAGCUGAAGAAGUGGAAGCAGAGUAUGCAGCUUUGGACAGAAAAGAGCAAUAUGAGGGCCUAAGGCCACAGGACCUGAGGAAGCUCAAGGAUAUGCUGAUAGUGGAAACUGCAGACAUGCUUCAAGCCCCGCUUUUUACUGCAGAGGCACUGCUCCGAGCCCAUGACUGGGAUCGAGAAAAACUACUUGAAGCUUGGAUGUUAAACCCUGAAGAUUGUUGCCAACGUUCAGGCAUUCAGAUGCCAAUUCCACCACCCAGUGGGUACAAUGCAUGGGACACUCUCCCCUCGCCUCGAACUCCUCGCACCACCCGUUCCUCUGUCACAAGUCCAGAUGACAUCAGCUUAUCUCCAACUGAUGAGGAUGCUCUUGUGUGUGGUAUUUGCUUGUGCAACAUUUCUGUAUUUGAAGAUCCUGUGGAUGUGCCUUGUGGUCAUGAAUUUUGUCGAGGAUGCUGGGAAGGGUUUUUGAAUAUCAAGAUUCAAGAGGGAGAAGCCCACAAUAUAAUCUGUCCCGCCUUUGACUGCUUUCAGUUAGUUCCUGUAGAUAUCAUAGAAAACUUGGUUUCCAGAGAAAUGGACAAACGUUAUUUGCAGUUUGACAUUAAGGCAUUUGUGGAAAAUAAUCCAGUUAUCAGAUGGUGUCCCACGCCUGGCUGUGAAAGGGCAGUGAGACUAACCUGUCAAAGAUCAGGUUCUACAAUGGACCAGCUGAGUUUCCCUCUACUAAGUGCACCAGCAGUGGACUGUGGGAAAGGACACCUCUUCUGUUGGGAGUGUCUCGGAGAAGCCCACGAACCCUGUGAUUGUCAAACGUGGAAAAACUGGCUACAAAAGAUUACAGAAAUGAAACCAGAAGAACUUGCUGGUGUAAAUGAAGCAUUUGAAGAUGCUGCCAACUGUCUUUGGUUGUUGUCUAACUCUAAACCGUGCGCCAACUGCAAAUCUCCAAUUCAAAAGAAUGAGGGCUGCAAUCACAUGCAAUGUGCCAAGUGCAAGUACGAUUUUUGUUGGAUUUGUUUGGAAGAAUGGAAAAAGCACAGUUCAUCCACUGGAGGUUAUUAUAGAUGUACUCGAUAUGAAGUCAUCCAACAGGUUGAAGAACAGUCCAAGGAAAUGACAGCUGAGGCUGAGAAAAAGCACAAGAAAUUUCAGGAACUUGACAGAUUUAUGCACUACUAUACAAGAUUUAAAAACCAUGAGCAUAGUUAUAAGUUAGAGCAACGUCUUCUGAAAACUGCCAAAGAAAAGAUGGAACAACUAAGCAGAGCUCUAAAAGGAGUUGAAGGUGGGUCCCCCGAUACCACUUUUAUUGAAGAAGCAGUACUUGAACUCUUGAAAACACGACGUAUCCUGAAGUGCUCCUACCCUUAUGGAUUUUUUCUGGAACCUAAAAGCACAAAAAAAGAAAUAUUUGAGCUCAUGCAGACAGACCUGGAGAUGGUAACUGAGGACCUAGCUCAGAAAGUAAACCGACCUUACCUCCGCACUCCUCGCCAUAAAAUCAUCCGAGCAGCAUGUCUUGUGCAACAGAAAAGACAAGAGUUCCUGGCCUCAGUGGCCCGUGGUGUUGCUCCUGCAGAUUCGCCGGAAGUGCAGAGACGCAGUUUUGCUGGUGGAACCUGGGAUUGGGAAUAUUUAGGUUUUGCAUCACCGGAGGAAUAUGCUGAAUUUCAGUACAGACGACGUCAUAGACAACGGCGACGAGAUAUGCAUAGCCUUUGUAGUAACACUGCAGAUCCUGAAGAUCCCAGUGAUAGUACAAUAGAUACCCAUGAAGGCAACAGUAGGCGGCAUGGUACUUCCAUGGUGAGUUCAGCAUCUAUGAGUAUUCUGCACAGCUCUUCGCUUCAUGACUAUACCCCUGUCAGUCAUUCUGAGAAUCAGGACUCUUUGCAGGCUUUGAGCUCCCUUGAUGAUGAUGACCCAAAUAUCCUGCUAGCUAUUCAGCUGUCUCUGCAAGAUUCUGCACUUGCAGUGGGUGGUGAGCCACAAGAGUUCCUUAACAACGAGUUAUCUUUAGGGGCCAUUGGUACUUCUUUACCUUCAAGGCUCGAUGCAGCCCAGAGAAGCACGGACAGUGCUCGAGCUUUGAGCAACUCCCAGCUGAUGGAUUUGGAAGACAGCUUGAUGAGAUUGGGUAACAGUAAUCCCUACCCCAGCAGGUUUAGUAGUGCUCAGCCUUUUGAUGUACAAAGUAGAUUCUUUUCACCCCCUGAAGGUACUGAAUCUACAGAUGCCGACCCUGCCAUGAAUGCAAAUCUCCUUGGUAAUAUCAUGGCAUGGUUCCAUGACAUGAAUCCUCAGAGCAUUGCAUUAAUCCCUUCAGCAUCUACUGAAACUGACAUAAACUCACAGCAACUCAGCAGUGCAGAGGAACAAGGAUCAAGCAGACUUGAAGAGAUGUUACAGAGCCUUCACGAGGACCAUGCGCUGUUUGAAGCUACAGUCAUGAACGAAGGUCGAGGAAUCCAAGUUGAUGAAGUUUCAGAAAAUAUUGGUGCUACAAAACCUGAGCCACAAGCAGAAACACCAGGUGUGAGUGACAACAGAAGUGUAAUACUCUUAGGUGAUGACUCCCAGCAGAAUAACACGUCAAAUGAAUGGGAAGAACAAAUUCAUUUGGUGUAAGUGCAACAGUGUAGGUAUUUGUUGCAGUCACUUAUGUUGUGUCCCUUUAGCUUAGAUCAGCAUGAACCCUAGACUGACACAGAGUGUAGGAGGGCUGAAGAGCCCAUCAAUGAUACAGGGAAUCUGUAGAACAUUUGAGCCCUCAAAAGGCUGUUGCAGUUAGUUAUCAGUCUUGCACCAGUCCCUGAGUUUUCAAAGAAGAACAUCAAUCUUUCAGAUCCUUGGUCUUUAACUUAUUGUACUUAACAACUAGCAAUUCUAAAGGAUCUAAACUAAAGUAAAAUUACUGAUGACAGAAAUACGAAAGUGAGGCUAUCUUAUCCUAUAGUACUGUAGGUAUCAGUGAGAAAUACACUAUAGGGAGCUUGUUGGAAUACUUCUAAACUGAUUGCAAAGGAAAGUACGCACUGCCUACUACAUGUGAAAUGUGGUGCCAAAAUUAAGCAGUUGAAACCAAGUUAAUCUAACUUUAUUACAUUCAGCUUGUGCCUGCACUAGUCUGAACUAAUCAGAACUCUUUGGAGUCAUCUCCUGGAAGUGGCAUCUUUUUAUGGAAAUAGAUGCCAAUUGGAACUCAAGUAGCAUGGUUGCUGCAGAAAUGUAGCUUGCGCUUUGAUUUGUUAAGUGGUUGCUGUUUUAAAACAGUUUAUUUAAAAAGGAUCAGAAGUGGAUAUUAACAGGCGCACUGCGUUUGAACUCCACAGACACUUUAUUGUAAGUGCAAUCGUAGAGUCGUUUCCUCACUAUAAAGAAGUAUUCUAUUAAAAGCACUGUCAGUGCCACUGGUCUUAAGACUUGAAAUAUAGGCCUAAGAUUUCUUAAAUGCAAAGCCAUCCCUUAUAGGCAAAAAAAAUAAAAAUAACAUGAAAGCCACAACAAUCAAUGUCUGGCCUACUCAGUCAGUCCAUCAUUGUGCCUUUGCCUAACCCACAUGGUUGGUUGCCACACAUUUUUGAAUCACCAGAGACUACCACUUUAAGAUCAGACCAACACAAGUAUGACUCUGAAAUUACUUUAGCUUGAUUGUUGCCAAUUGUAUUUUGGGAGGACAGUUUUGAUUCAAAUAUUGGAUAGUGUUCUGUGGAAUUUUGCCACAGAAUAUUAAAAUUUGGUUGAUGUACAAAAAAAAAAAUCAAGCUUUACCAAGCACUAAAUCGUUAUCUGGAAUAAACUAAUUGUGCUAACUUUUAUUAGAUAAGUUUUUUUAUUUAAAAAACCAUCAUGCUUUAAACCAAGUUGCUUUUUUAACUUGAAGAAUUUAAUUCAGUUUUUAAAAUUUGGAGCUUAAUAAAUAUAAACCAUGCAAAGCCCAAGAAAUGUAACUGGUUUAAGUUUGAGAUGUUUCUCUUACAGUUUGGUUUUACCUUGAGUCAGUGUGUGACAACGUAGUGUUGUAUUGAAGUAAUUUCAGUUUGAUAUUGGAAAUAAAAAAGAUAUGUUUUACAUGGCAUUGAAUAUGUACUGCAAAGUUGAGAUAUGUAAGGGUGUUGUAUAUGAAGUUAGUAGUUUUGUGGGGUUUUGUUUUUGUAAAACCAUUGUUUAUUUGUGGAAUUUGAACCAUAGUCCAUUCUAUGUAAUGUUGGCUGUGCAUGGUCACAAGAUCACUCAGAUUCAAAAUUGUAUAUUCUGUUACAAAUUUUAAGUGUCUUGGAUUAAUUUGAAAAGCAGAAAAAAAUUGCAGAACUAUUUUUUAAGGCAAUGGGAAUUUUAUAAUACUAAAGCCAACUGUUAACCUUGAUUUAUCUCUACAGAAAUGUUACUAUUUGCACUUUCAUAGUACUAUACUUGAUACAUUCCCACUUUAUAUAAGGAUACAAUAAUAUUUAGAUGUUUGACCAAUGCAAAGUAUCAUUUAAAAACUAACAGUUAAACUGUAUAAAAUUAAUUUUUGAUUGGACAUAUUGUCUAAAGAAUUAAAAUCUGCCAAUGGUUUAACUUUGUAAUAGGGCCAUCUACCAGAAUUUGUGAAGAGCCUGUAUUUUCAUUUUCUCUUUCUUUCUCAAGCUCCUUUAAUUCUGUUUUAAAUUUUGCAAGUCAAAAUAUUCCUCUGAAGUCAAACAAUAAAAUUCAGUUCAUUCUAAUGCUGUUGGUUUCAGUGAAAACUGCAGUUCUGUAUUUACUCGCUGUCUUCAAAGUAUAAUUUUCUUUGGUUAAAUGUAAUAUCAUGGAAAUGGAUAGCAGUUUGAGCAACACAACUGUAAAUUAAUAUUUAUAAUAAAUUCACAUUUCUGAA